UCUCAAUGAUUCAGUGAGCCAACGCACAAAAAGCAAAAUCCUCUAUCAGCAGAGGACGAGAAGCGCAUUUACACGGGACGGGGUCCCCACGUCUCCCCCAGUUACUCAGACUUAAGCAAGCGUGAGAAACGAAGGACACAGGGCACCCAGUGCAACGUUUGGUGUGUCCCGUCAUGAGGUUACCCCCACGCCGUCCCUAAAAUAGGGGGCUAGGAGCAGCAGCUGCCAAGAUAGACGGACGCUGCUCGUCUGCACUCUCGGUGCAUCGGACAGGGAAGGCUCGUGUGCGGUCACAUGGGCCCCUCUGGCUGCACGGUUCUCUGCGCCGACUAGCCUGGGAGAGGCUUACAGGCAGCAGCAGGGGGCGGGCCCGAGCCCGAGCCCAACGCCCAGCGGCCGCCGCUAUUCUCCCGAUCCCGGCGAAACGGAAGCCAAGUCAGUGCACGUGGCCGGGCGGGGAGGAGCGACCAGCGGAGCCGCCGGUAGCUGGAGCAUGGCGCCCCCGUCCCCGGUCGCCAACCCCAGGGUCUUCUUCGAUGUGGACGCCGGAGGCGAACGAGUUGGUCGAAUUGUCUUAGAAUUGUUUGCAGAUGUUGUGCCCAAAACUGCUGAAAAUUUUCGUGCACUAUGUACAGGAGAAAAAGGGAUAGGGCCUACAACUGGAAAGCCUCUUCAUUAUAAAGGAUGCCCUUUCCAUAGAAUUAUUAAGAAAUUCAUGAUCCAGGGUGGAGACUUCUCAAAUCAAAAUGGCACAGGUGGAGAAAGUAUAUAUGGAGAAAAAUUCGAAGAUGAAAACUUUCAUUAUAAGCAUGAUCGGGCAGGGCUGCUGAGCAUGGCAAAUGCAGGACCCAAUACAAAUGGCUCUCAGUUCUUUAUCACAACAGUGCCAACCCCUCACCUGGAUGGGAAACAUGUGGUGUUUGGCCAAGUGAUCAAAGGAAUGGGUGUUGCUAAAAUACUAGAAAAUGUUGACGUGAAUGGAGAAAAACCUGCAAAGUUGUGCAUUAUUGCAGAAUGUGGAGAGCUGAAGGAAGGCGAUAACUGGGGGAUCUCCCCAAUGGAUGGCUCUGGUGAUACUCACCCAGAUUUCCCUGAAGAUUCAGAUGUAGAUUUAAAAGAUAUUGACAAGAUUGUUUCCAUAGCAGAAGAUAUAAAGAAUAUAGGAAAUACUUUCUUCAAAACACAGAACUGGGCAAUGGCAACUAAAAAGUACACUAAAGGCUUAAGGUAUGUGGAAGCUUCUAAAGCCAUAGUGGAGGAAUCAAAUACAGCAAAGUUUAAUCCUACUGCCUUGAUCUGCCUUUUAAAUAUUGCUGCUUGUAAACUGAAGGUGUCAGACUGGCAGGGAGCUAUUGAAAGUUGUUGUGAGGCACUUGCAAUAGAUCCAGCAAACACCAAAGCACUUUACAGACGGGCUCAAGGCUGGCAGGGAAUAAGAGAUUUUGAUCAGGCACUGGCUGAUCUUAAGAAGGCUCAAGAGAUAACACCUGAAGAUAAAGAGCAUCCACCAUCAUAAUAUAUUCAUUCUGUAAUAUGAAUGACCUCGCCGUCGGCGGAACCCUAUUUGAACAUCGUAAAAUUCACAAGCUGACAUGGUGUUCUCCAAAUGGCAGAGAUAAGAACCAGAUUGACCAUAUCAUGAUCAGUGGCAAAUGGUGACGCUCACUGACAGAUGUGAAAGUGAGAAGGGGUGCAGAUGUUAGCAGCGACCACCACCUUGUGACAGCCUCCAUCAAGCUAAAACUGAGAAGUGUGGGUCCACCAAACAAGGGACAUAGACGUUAUGAUAUUGACAAGCUAAAGUCCCUUGCAAUACAGAAAGCCUUCGUUCUGCAGUGAAAGAACAGGUUUCAAGCACUUGCAGACCUUGAUGAAGAGGGGGAGAAUGCAGAUGAGGAGAUCAACAAGAAGUGGGACAAAGUAACAGCAAUUUAUAAACAGAACAGUGAAGCCUGUCUAGGCUACAGGAAGAAGAGAAGGAAGGAUUGGAUUAUACCCAACACACGGAAUGCCACAGAAACCAGACGAGUCCUGAAGAAAAAAGUUUUAGACACAAAAUCCCAGAAGCUAAAGGACAAAUACCACGAGCAGAAUAGCAAGGGUCAAAUGCUUUGUGAGAGCAGACAAACGGCAUUGAUAAUCUGGCAACACAAGCAGAGGAUGCAGCUGCUUGUGAUGAACCAGGAACCGUCUACAAAAUGACACAGCUUAUCUGUGGUAAAUGGCAGACACAAACAAGCACUCAUCAAGAACAAACAAGGACACCUACUAACAACCGAAAAAGAACAAGAAAUGCGCUGGACAGAGCAUUUCAAAGAAUUGCUGAACAGGGAGCCACCUAAAGAGGAAGCAAACAUCCAGGAGGCAGAAGAAGAUCUUGAUAUCAACACAGACAGCCCAACUAAGGAAGAGAUCAUUCAAGCCAUCAAAUCUUUAAAAAUAAUGAGAAAGCUCCUGGCAAGGAUAACCUGAAUGCAGAAUUGUUCAAGGUAAAUCCUAAAUUAGCAGUAUCAAUCCUGACCCCUCUGUUUACAUCAAUCUGGAAGAGCGAAACAGUGCCAGAUGAGUGGACCAAUGGGAUUAUAGUGAAGAUACCAAAGAAAGGAACUCUCAGUGAUUGUAAUAACUGGCGUGGUAUAACACUUGUAUCUGUGCCAAACAAAGUAUUGUGUAAGAUCAUAGUCCAGCGUAUAUCAGAGGCAGUUGAUAGUGUUCUCAGAAAAGAGCAAGCUGGUUUUCGGAAAGGGCAUGGAUGCAUAGACCGAUCUUCACUCUAUGAAACAUAAUCGAACAGUGCUUAGAAUGGCAACGGCAACUCUACAUAAAUUUCAUAGACUUUGAGAAGGCUUUUGAUAGCAUUCACAGGACUAGCCUAUGAUGCAUUCUGCAGGCAUAUGGAAUUCCUUUCCGUAUAAUUGUCAUCAAAAGCUUCUGUUUCAACUUUACAUGCAGUGUUGAUCACAGUGAGCUCAGUUUUGAAAUCAAAACAGGAGGAUGUCAGGGGUGUGUCAUGUCUGCAAUCCUCUUCAAUAUUGCCAUCCACUGGGUAAUGUGGGGAACAACAGAAGACAUGCCAAGAGGCAUUAAAUGGACACUUCUCAUCCCUUGAAGAACUGGACUUCACAGAUGAGGUCACUAUCCUAUCACAUACCCAACACAAUAUACAAGAAAAAACAAUUUGACUCAACGCAUUCAGCCAACAAAUUGAACUGACAAUCAAUCGCAAUAAGACAGAAAUCAUGACCUUUAAUACUGCCUCAUCAUCACCAGUAUGGAUAGAUGAUCAUGUUCUCACCAAUGUGGAAACAUUCACAUACUCGGGCAGCACCAUCAGCCAGGACAGUGGAACAAGCCAGGACAUCUGGAACAAAAUUAAUAAAGCCAGGAACACCUUCAGGAGCUUAAAUACAGUCUCAGAGUAGCAGCCGUGUUAGUCUGUAUCUGCAAAAAGAAAAGGAGGACUCGUGGCACCUUAGAGACCACACCACACGAUCCAUUGUCUACAGCCAAGCUCUACAAUACAACCGCAUUUGCUCCAACCCCUCAGACAGAGACAAACACCUACAAGAUCUCUAUCAAGCAUUCUUACAACUACAAUACCCACCUGCGGAAGUGAAGAAGCGGACUGACAGAGCCAGAAGAGUACCCAGAAGUCACCUACUACAGGACAGGCCCAACAAAGAAAAGAACAGAACGCCACUCGCCAUCACCUUCAACCCCCAACUAAAACCUCUCCAAUGCAUCAUCAAGGAUCUACAACCUAUCCUGAAGGACAACCCAUCACUCUCACAGAUCUUGGGAGACAGGCCAGUCCUUGAUUACAGACAGCCCCCCAACCUGAAGCAAAUACUCAUCAGCAACCACACACCACUCAACAAAAACACUAACCCAGGAACCUAUCCUUGCAACAAAGCCCAUUGCCAACUGCGUCCACAUAGCUAUUCAGGGGACACCAUCAUAGGGCCUAAUCACAUCAGCCACACUAUCAGAGGCUUGUUCACCUGCACAUCUACAAAUGUGAUAUAUGCCAUCAUGUGACAGCAAUGCCCCUUUGCCAUGUUCAUUGGCCAAACUGGACAGUCUCUACGUAAAAGAAUAAAUGGGAAACAAGUCAGACAUCAAGAAUUAUAACAUUCAGAAACCAGUUGGAGAACACUUCAAUCUCUUUGGUCACUCGAUUACAGACCUAAAAGUUGCAAUUCUUCAACAAAAAACCUUCAGAAACAGACUCCAACAAGAGACUGCUGAAUUGGAAUUAAUUUGCCAACUGGAUACAAUUAACUUAGGCUUGAAUAAAGACUGGGAGUGGAUGGGUCAUUACACAAAGUAAAACUAUUUCCCCAUGUUUAUUCCGCCUCCUCCCCCCGCUGUUCCUGUCAACUGCUGGAAAUGGCCCACCUUGAUUAUCACUACAAAAGGUUCCUCUCCCCACCCCCCCUCUCCUGCUGGCAAUAGCUCACCUUAAGUGAUCACUUUCAUUACAGUGUGUAUGGUAACACCCAUUGUUUCAUGUUCUCUGUGUAUAUAAAUCUCCCCAUUGUAUUUUCCACUGAACGCAUCCGAUGAAGUGAGCUGUAGCUCACAAAAGCUUAUGCUCAAAUAAAUUUGUUAGUCUCUAAGGUGCCACAAGUCCUCCUUUUCUUUUUGUAAAUACAGUCUGGAAAGCAUCAAAAUACAAAACCAAAACCAAACUAAAGAUUUAUCAGAGCUGUGUACUUUCAACACUACUUUAUAGUGCAGAAUGCUGGGGAAUGAGAAAGUAUGACAUGUCCAAACUCUCUUCAUUCCAUACAACCUGCCUCAGAAAAAUCCUCCAUAUCUUUUGGCCUAGAACAAUCUCAAACCAAGAUCUAUUGGCACAGUGCAGCCAAGAGGAUCGGAGCACCAUCAUUGCCAGGAGACGCUGGAGAUAGAUUGGUCAUGUGCUUCGGAUGGAAACUGAUAUCACCAGAGUAGCAAUCAGAUGGACACCUAAAGGCAAGAGAAAAUGAGGCUGCCUGAAAACAACAUGGCGAAGAGCUGUGGAAGCUGAGCUGAAAAACCUGUGGCACGGCUAGGGAACCACUGAAAGACUUGCCAGAAACAGACAGGAGUGGAGGAAACGCCAGAGGCGUAAUAGGAACAUGAUGAGUAUGACGACCAUCAUAAUAUAUGAGCAUCAAAAUCAGGAUUUAUUCUUGCAUAUAGGACUCCAUAAUGGACCCUGCUUCUGCCAUCCCCAAUUUUGGUCACUAAAGUUGGAUUUUUAAAAACGUACAGUAUACAGAUGUGACCAGUUUUGCUGUAGCUCAGACACUAAAACAUAACCCAGUAGAAUAAUAAAGAAAUAUAAGUUCAAAUAAUAGAAAAAUAACCAUAACAUUUCAAUGUCAACUAGCCUAUUGUGUAAGGACAAACAAUAUUAGUUGCUUAAUCCUUAAAAGGAAAAAGAAAGUUGAGCUAAGUUAGAACUCAAGAAAGUCUUAACUCUGAAAAACUAGUCAAAGUACAGGGAUGGGCUAGGCAACUUUCCCCACAUUGCUCCAUAAACUCAAAGUAUAACUAAUCGAACAUUCUGGCUAGUCUUCUCCUAGGCCUUUCUUCACCAGAACUUUCAACUGUCUUUGUGCAGUUUUGUGAGACCAGAGAACCUGAGUCGCUCAGAAAAGGCUAGGAUUGAUUGUUUCUAUUUUUAAAAAGGCAGUUUUUAGUUUACUACUACUAAUAGAGAGAUUGGUAUAACUACCAAUCUUUGAAACCAGAUCUUUAUUCAUUAGGAAGUUAUCUAGUCUGUUUAUUCUUUACUUGAAGUUGUGAUCUGUACUUAACAGGCAGCUGUUCAAUCAUAAAAACAAAAUUAUGACUUCAUAUGAGCAAUAGGCAGUCAGACUACAUGAACUCCUAAGUAAUCACAUACUAUUUUCAUGCCAAUAUCCCUUGUAAUAAAGCCACCAACCCAGAAUACAUGAUACAGCAGCAGAACUUUUUCCGAAGUUUUCCAUUUUCCAGAGUUAUGAAUAGCACUGAAAGCAUGAUCAUGUAUACAGAUGGUGACACAGACCAUGUCAAAGUGAAGAAGCCUAAAAUAUAACCUUUUAUCAGUUUUCAAAAUGCAUAGAAUUCCUUUUGUGUUCUUUUUAGUCCAAACAAAUGCUUUGGUGAUCUUCAUCUCUGUGAUUAAAACAGUCCUCACAGACCCCACAAUCAAAAAGUCCUAGAGCUAACAAUAGAAUGCACAUACAAAA